CGCGCACCGUAGUGUCAUAGCGUGAACCUCAGCACGUACGCAAAUUGUUACAGUUUUAUAGUGUGGAUAAUGAUGGUGGAUUCCACUUAAUAAACUAAAAUAACUGAAAGACAUUUAAUAAGUAAACGAUGCGGGCCGGCGUGUGGUGCGGCGUUGCGGUAACGCUGCUUUUCGUAGCUUCCGAUGCCAUCAGGACCGUUCAGGGUGAUGGCAUAUCUCGAACAAACAGAAGAACGAGUACUGACAGAAGUGCAAAUAGUUUGAAUAAAACCGAAGAGAACAUACCGACGUAUAGAUCACGAAGCAUAAGAAGAAGAGAAGAAACACAAGAAUCAAGCACUGUAAGGUCAAGAAACAGAGGUACGACACUAGAAAAAGAUAAUAUUUUACCUAAAGUUGAAAUACAAGUGGAAUCUGGACAAAAUGACCCAUUCGAAUCCAGAAGAUCAAGUAUCCGAUCUCGAUCGAGAACAAUUGGGAGAGAUGUAACGACAGAGAGUAUCUUAAGUAAAGAGAGUAUUAUUCGAGGACGAUCCCGUGGAAGUGGAAGAAAAUUUACUCCUACUACUACUCCCUUUAAUGAUCAACCAGAAAGUUCAUCCAAUAGAAUUGCAGUGACGUUGUCACCUAGAAGUGUUGAAAUUAAGUCAGAUAUAACAAAGACAAAUGAAAUUCUUCCUACUGCGGCAACUGCACCAUCUAAUCAAUUCAGAAGAAGAAGUUCUACCGUCAGCACUGUCGAAGAUUCUAAACAAAUCAGACCUCGAGGACGAAUUAAUACAAGGACGAAUUCGAGAGCUCUUGAUUUAGAAGUAGCAGGUACUACAAAUACCUUCAUUGCAGCAGCUAAACAAACAACAGUAACGAGAAUAAGCGAUGGAAGAAAUUCAAGGAAAUUAAGGUACAAAUCAAGAACAUUGGAAACAGAUACAAAUAUAACUGGAGUGGGAAUAACAACUUUAAAUGAGGUAGAAAAAUCCAGUCAAAGGAAUGACAUAACUAAUCAACCCGAAUUCAGCGAAACCAAUUCAACAACUUCUAAAGCGACUGAGAACACAUUUCAAACAAGCACGGAAGCAGUAUUAACAUCAAGUACACUUAAAUCCUCGAAAGUCGUAAGACGACCAAUCACAAGAAGUAACGGUUAUUUGAAAUCUUCUGAGGUUAAAAGUAAUUCAAAAAUGUCGGACGAGAUAAGCGAGGAUGAUAACUACCCGGAGAGUUUUAAAGCUCUUAUACAAGCUAAAAAUGCGACACAAGCAAACUCUUCAAUAGACGAGAGUUUGUCAGUGAAAGCAACACAUAACGAUUCCAAAACUCACGCACUAUCUAUUCAAACCAACACUACGGAUCCUGGCACUGACAAAAACUCUCGGCUUCGUAAAAAGUUGCGAAUUGAAGAACAAAGUAAAAAAGCUGACGAACAAGAAGCUUUAUCACUAGGUUUAACGACCACGACUACAACCGCUGAGUCAACGAAACCUAGAUCUAUUCCUUUUCGUCCUCGUGGUACUUACUUAUCCAGAAGUAAAAAACCAAAUGCAACUAAAUCGACAACUGAAAACAUAAAUAAUGUAACAAGACCUAGCCUUGAAAAUCCAUAUAAAUUUAGCAAAAGAAUUAAAUCUUCAACGGAGCCAUCAAGAACAGACAAUACUUUGAAAACAAAGCGACUGGACACGAUGCCAAAAAAGCAGGUCAUACGUUCCUCACUUUUUUCUCGUAAAAACGAUCCCGUAAACAAGAAUAUCACUGUAAUACCAUUAAAUGAAAAUCGUAAACACGAUCGUGUACAAUCCGGAAGUAAUGUUAAAGGGAGAAGAACAUUACCAAAUACAAGAUAUUAUUCCCGAUUAAGAAAUAACACAAAAUUGUAUUUGACAGAAACUAGCUAUCUAGAAAAAAACACCGAAACUCCGAUAGCAGAUAAAAAAGUUGGAAACUCUGCAGACGUGCCUUUAAUUUUUACUUAUCUCAAUGGCCCAAGUUUGUCUGAUAAACUGAAGCCUACUAUAGAAAAUACUGCACCCGUACUGAACAGUAAAGAAUCGCAAGAAAAUAGUACAGAAAAUGAGAUUGUUAAUAAAGCUGAAGAAAGUGAAAAUAAAUUAAUUAUUAACACGGACGUAACGACACCAAAAUAUCACGCCAACUACAAAGAAAAUAUGCAAAGAGAAAAAGUCAUCACUUCCGCAACACCAGCAAUAAGAAAUAUUAAAACCAGGAAAUACGCACGGAAACAAGAAAAAGCUAAAGAUCAAGGAACGAAUACUCCUUCCGUGAUUUUCAAAAGUAGAGACCGGAAUGUUCGGAAAUACGGGGACACCUUUUCCAAGACAACAGAAAGUCCUGCAAAUAGCAUUUUACAAGAACCUGAAAAACCAAAACAUAAAUUUAGUUCAAAAUAUAGAGGUUCUUAUUUAGAUAGGCCUUUUUACAAACCCACAGUUCCUACUGUAACACCAUCAACAACUGUAGAGGGUGAAGAAAUACAAUUAGGGCCUGAUAUGAAUGCUAUAGCCAUCACAAAAACCCAUCGGCCAUUGUCUUCAGCUAAUUUGAGGCUUUCCGAGAGCUUGGCGAAACCCUUACAAGUAUUAAACGUUGAAGUAUCACAACAUUCACCAUCAGUAACAGUGUCUAUAUUCGAUGCUUUGGCUGAAAUACUCACGUCUACGCCCAAGCCUCGAAUUUCAACAACAGCUGAAACAUUACCAAAAAAUAUCAACGAAAUCAAUAUAAUGCAUUCACUUGAUGGCGUGAGUAGUAAUGUUAAUGUAAAUACUGUCACAGGCUUUGCAAGUCAGGAAUCGGUAACAUCAACGGAUAAUUUAAACACAAAUGCUAAGUUUGUACAAACCACUGAACCAGUUGUGUUUAACAGUUUGCUGGUUGGGGACAAUGUUACACCGUCACUAAAAGCAGAAGAUGAGAAAACAAGUUUUUUUACCUCACCCAAAACUGUUCCUAUUCCAAUUCCUACAACUCCUAUAUCUGCGAGAAAACCAUUCGCAAUUAAGGUUUUAUACUCCGAAACUGAAUCAACAAGUAAAAACUCUCCAACUGCUAUGCCCACUACUCGUUUGACGUCGACUGACAAAUCAACAAUGGUAUAUAACAGUAUAUCAGAUCUUUUACUAUCUAAUAAUGGAAUUGUAUCUACUGGACUAACAAGCAUGUUAUCAAAUAAUAUUAGAAGUAUUAUCGAUAGUAUGGAUGAUGAAAGUAAAUCUAGAUUAUCAGUAGGUAUGACUAAUUUGUUGAACACUUUGACUCCCAGCGUUAUUAAUAAUAUCUCAAAGGUAGAAGAUGAUAGCACUUCUUACAUGACUACUCCUUACAGUUUGGAGGAUAUUAAUGAUACUGCAAAUAUUGACAUAAAUGAGAGUUCAAAUACUUACAAUAAAAUCCUCCAAAAUGUUAGCCCCGCAGAAAUAAUUGUAAAUACAGAAACGCUUCUAAAUUCACAAACUGAAGUAGAUAUUGAAGGCACUACACCUGUAAAUAGCUUUGAUUUGUUAGAAAAUGUACAAAAUUUAGAUAGUGACCUAAAUUUUAAAAGUAACGUUUUAAUCAAUACACUUAAAGAUACCGAGUCGACCACCGCGAGAGUAACGGUAGAUAAUAUAGAGAAUUUAGACGAAACCUCUACUAACAAGGAAUUAGUUACCCCAUCCAUCCUAGAUCCUUUAAGAGAUAUUACCACAGAGACAUCAAAUACCCAACUUCAAUCACCCUCUUUAGCAAAACUGUUAUCUUCUAACCAAUUAGAUGAUAGUGAAGUAUUAGAAAAUCCAAGUCAAGUAUCACAACUACAAUUAUGGGUAUUAUCUAAAAAAGCCCGAGUUUUAAAAAUGAUUGAGGAUCUAUUACGUAUGCAUUCUGACGAAAUUUCUAAUCCACCUCUUGGCAUUAGAAAUAAACCCAAAAUUUCAUUCCCUAAUCGUCUGACCGAAAUAAUGAAUACAAUGAACUUUACAACCACUGAACCUGACUUUACUGAACGAACCACUCUGAACUUUAUUGAAAGUAACUCUAGUUCCACAUCGAUCGUACCUUUUACUUCAACUUUGUCCCUUGAUAAUAAUCUCAAUGGUGAUGACUUUGUUCUUACAACUCAAAACAUAGAUGGUAUUAUUUUUACAAAUGAUGAAUCAUCUACAAAAACUGUUAGCGAAAUUGCUGAUGCUUUUACUACUGCCAAUUCAGUACCUACCACUACAGAGUCUGAAGAUAUUGUAACAACAUCUAAUUCUAAGGAAAUAGAAAAUGAGAAGUUUGAACUUGCGUCUACAACAACAAGUAAUUUUGAAACUGUAACUGGAAUAGCAGAGCCCAGAAUUGUUGUUGAUAGAACUAUUAUGAUAAACGUAGAAGACACAUCGACAUCAGGUAUUCAAACCACUACAGCUUCGGUAAUAAAUGAGAGCAAAUCAGCAGAUUUUAUAACAAACAGCAAUAUGCUAAAUGUGGCCACUCGACCGUCAAUUCCAAAAAAAGAUUUUGUCAUUUUUGGAAUACUUCCUAACAAUACAGUGGUACGUAAAGACCCUAACGAUAACCCACUGGAAGCAUUAACAGAAGCAAGUCCAUACAUCAUUUACGGCGUACUACCAAAUAACACAAUAAUACGCAAGUUUCCGAACGGAACUCGAGUACCACAAAUCAUGCAAAAAAUUGACGUACUACCAAUUAGUCCAUGGAGUCUAAAAAAUCCAUACAGCCCUAUCCAUAAUAUUCCAGCCAUUGUCAGACCACAGUCUAACCCAAUCCGAGUUUCCACUAAUACUGUGAUAUCCACAGACAUACCAAAUAACGAAAAGGAAAUCAGUUUAACCACCGACACUGUAAAUAACCUGCAAAUACCUUCAUCGGCACUUAAUAUAAAAGAUAGCAGUUCAUUGGGUAUAACAACUACCUCCACACUGCCACCUGCUGAAAAAAGCACUGCCUCGCAUGUUUUAAGUUUGCGCACAACUACAAUGCUACCUUCUGUUGAUGAGAUUCUGCUUAAUAGUAUAUCUUUGGCGACUAAAGAGGAAAUGGUCAUAUCUUCAAUGACAAGUUCAACUCCUGAACCAAGAAUAUUAACACUGGAUAUUGAUCCGGAGACGAAACAAAUACGAACUGAAAAGCCCAAUGAUGGAACUGGAAACACUGUUUUUAAAUUUAUCCCUAUUGAGGAUGUCACCGUGCCCUCUACCCAAGAAACUAACGUAUUAAAAUUGGCUACUCCUAAAACUACGCAAGUAACAACAGCUAUUAAUACUCAAACAGUGACAAUAUCUGGCACAACUGAAGUUAAUACACAAACUCCACAAAUACAAAUGAAUACAGAAAGUAAUACUGUUGCAACUUCCACAAUAGAUCCAUUUAUUACAACACCUGUUUCCAACUCGGAAAAAGUAAACGAUGAACCACCUACUCCUAUUUUUAUGAAUGAAUCAGAACUAACCACUGAAGCACAGAACUUUAAAAUAACAGAUUUAAACAACGAUCGUACAACUUUUACACCAGAACAAACUACGAUUGCUACCACAACUUCUCUACCCGAAUUGCAAAUAAAUAAUGACGGCGUUGAAUUUACUACUACUGCAUCAACUACUUAUCGAGUACCAACAGCAACAUCAGUACCUGUAGGUAGCGCUACAAAUACCGUGUUUCAAACACAAACAAGUCCUCCGUCACUAUUUAACGAUCGUAAUCCAAAAAAAAUAUCCGAUUUCAAUACAGCACAAAAUCAACAACAAGAGAAUGCUAAGUUAUUGCAAGCGCUUUUGAUGGCAACUAGUCAAAGUGGAAAUAGCAAUAAUAAUCUCAUUACAAAAACAAAAACAAUGACAACGACUGUUCGUUCUAUUGAGGAUGACAUCCGACAGUUUGAAGAAGAUACUAAAUUAUUAAAAGCUUUACUCCAAGCUACUGGCAGAGACCCCGCCUCUCUGAACUUACCUUCACUAGAUGACAUUAAAGCAGUUAUAACUACAUCAAAACCAAGCGUCCGGACUACAACACUUCAAACAACAUCAAAUCUACCACCAAGUACUGUACCAAUAACCCAGUCUACUACGACAGAAACAACAACAUCAUCAAUAAUAAAUGACGAUGUUAAAAGACUGCAAGAAGACACUAAACUAUUACAAGCAUUGCUUCAAGUCACUGGAAAUAAAAAUCGUGGUGAUAUGCCCGUAAUAUCUGGUUUGACAUCUAAUGUAAGAAUAGCUUCUAAUCCAUUAAAAACAUCGAUGGAGUCAAAAUCAACCACAUCAUUCAACGUUAGACCAGUAUACACAACAACGCAAAUAACCCCAACUACCACUGUUAGGUCCCAAUUUAUUACUGUAUCCACUUUACAGCCAACUACAGAAGAUAUUGGAAUAUCAACAACAUUUCGACCUGUUAAUAUGAGAACACAAUCUACUACAGCCAAUCGCCCCACUGUGACCACUGAAAUUCCUAGUAGCUCCACAUAUUCAGACGAAGAGGACCUUCUCUUUUUAAAAAAUUUGAAAUCUGUGCUUAGUACGAAACCUAAUAAUGAGGAUCCAGAAACAUCCCUGGCCAAUCGUGUAAUUGCAUUAGCUGUUGAACGAAGUUUAAAUGAAAUUCAAGUUGGCAAAAACGUAGGAACAACAAAGGUAAUGACUACAACACCAAGACCAACUACUACAGCGACACGAGCGACAACAACACCAAGACCAACAACUACAACGACACGAGCGACAACAACACCUCGACAAAAUAUUCCAUCUAUUGAAGAUGACAUCAAACAAUUCGAACAAGAUACAAAAUUAUUACAAGCACUUUUAAAAGCAACUGGUCAAGAUCCUUCAAAAUUCAAUAUACCAACUUUACCUACAACAACCGUGAGUGCUCAACUUCCACAAGGCAUAAACGAUGAUUUAAACCUUUUAUCAAAUUUGCUUGCUUCACCAUCACCCCUGAAUGAACCCUUUGAUCCUCUAACACAGAAACCUGCACCCACCCAAGCUACCCAGAGAACUCCAUCAUCAACGGUACCUUAUGGCAUUCAAAUAGCUGUUAAAGACGAUUUAAAAAAUGAACACGACGAUGCGAAACUAUUGCAAACAUUAAUAAAACUACAAGAUGCUCAAGAGACCACAACCGUGAGAAGUAAACUGGCUAUUACAGGACAUUCGUCGGAUGAAGCAUUGAAAAAAUUGAUACAAAAAACGCAACCAGCAGGAAUGAUGUCAGAAUCGACAAAACCAUCUAUGUCACUAAGCACAGAGUAUGGGAAUAGCAACGAUGCCUUGCUUGCGGCUCUACUGAAGGAGCAAGGUUUCGGUCCAACCACGGCAAGUUCUUUGGACGAACAAAUUCGCCUUGCUGCAUUACUCAAUCAAGUGGUCGUGACGCCGAAGGCUAGGCGGACGACAACUCCCCCUCCGCCCCCUCCUGCGCCACGAAGGCCUAUAUUGGAUGGCUUAAGUUGGCUGUGGCAGCAGUGGAGAGAUACUGCUCCAGGAUCACAAGGUCCCAGGCCAGCGUCAACAAGAAAUCAACCAGCGCCAUCAGCGUCAGUAACCAGUUCUAGAGUGAACUGGUUCGGCUCAGGGCCUUUCGUUGGUAAUGCAGAUGAAAGGCCCGCAAACAGAAUACCUUUGGAGCCUCCUAGUGCCGUGGAACAGCCUCCUGGCAGAGGUCAGUUAGUUUCCGCAGCCAUCAACGUUACCAGGGCAUUUUCACAGUUCUUAGGAGCGGCAAUUCAGGGCGCCGCCCAGACAGUGCAGAACGUGUUUAGGGCGGGACAAAACACUUACACGAAUGGAUCUGGAGGCUCGGGUUAAGCUAAGCAUGGACUCGAAACUUUUCCGAAAGUAUCAUAGUACGCACUGUGUUGCGAGUGAUGUAUAUAGGCGUUGUAUAUAGUGUUGGAAAGGGAAUGCUUUCAAAUUCUAUUUUCAAAUUUCGAUGGAAAGGCUGUAACGAAUCAGAACUGAAUUGUACUUGAAUAUGUUAUUCAAGUAGAAUUCAGUCUAACUCUAUCAAUUAAGUUUAAACGUAAAUUAAUGAAAACAUUUCCUUUUAUUACGUAGAUUAUUCAAUGUCAGGGCAAUGGUGUGUUAUUGAUAUUUAAGCUUAGCUUGUCUUACUCUACUCAUUUCCUAUACUGAACGUUCCUAUAAAAUUAGGAAAUUGUAGAUAGUGUGGGGUGUUUUCAUUAAGAUUUUGUACCCAAUAACUUUUGUGUUUACUUUUUGGGACGUUGAUGCUGUAAGUUUUUUGUGUAUGGACUUUUCGACCGAACAGCGUGUCUUGUACACCAGCUAUGGUAAGAUUCAAAGACUUAGCGAUAAGUCCCGUAUGUCAAAAAACCAUAUUUUAUUUUGAGAUACGGAAGACAGUUCACACUAAGUCCUGAAUCUCCCCAUUGGUCCUUACUAAUUUUCUGAGCUUCUCGCAGAUUGGAUUCUUCUACAAUUAUCGUCAUUCACGUCACCAUUUCGAAUAAUUUUUCGACUUCGAACGAUCUAUUUUAUAGACUCUUUUUUAAUUUAAGUUAUUAGAUAGUUGUACUUAAGACCCUAAUCAAAAAUUACGUGAAUUCGCAUUCUAUGGCGAAUCACGUUUUUAUUUCAACAGAUUUUGCUAUUUAUUUAGUAAAUCUCUGCUUUUU